AUGAAUCCACAAGUGAUUUGGAAAGCCCAUUCUUAUAGCUCUGAAUGUGGCACAAGGCCUCUGGUGGAUGACAUUCCAGGAGGGACUCGGAUUGUAGGUGGACACGAUGCUCAGGUUGGGGCCUGGCCAUGGCAAGUGAGUCUUCAAGUUUACCGAUUUGGUUUAGGAUACAACCAUGUAUGUGGAGGAUCUUUAAUAAAUCACAACACAGUGCUGACAGCAGCACACUGCAUUCGAAAAUGGACGGAUCCUGAGUUUUGGAGGGCUGUGAUAGGCAUGCAUCAUCUUUACAAACAUCAUUCCCAUACUGUCAGAAGCCGAGUUAGGGCUAUCAUUCGCCACGCUGGGUUUGACAAGGUGACUUUUGAAAAAGACAUUGCCUUAUUUAAACUAAUCAGCUCUAUCGAAUUCAAUAAAUAUAUCCAGCCCGUCUGCUUACCUGAUGCUCCUCUUCUUCUGACUGUGGAAACUCCCUGUUUCAUAAGUGGAUGGGGAGCUACAAAAGAGAAAGGGAGCUCAAGAGCUAUAUUACAAGAAGCUCAAGUAAGCAUUAUUCCACAAAGAAAAUGUAAUCGUCUGGAUUGGUACGCAGGGGCAGUCUUUGAGGAUAUGAUUUGUGCUGGCUCAGAAAGUGGUGGUGUUGACUCUUGCCAGGGAGACAGUGGUGGGCCACUGAUGUGCUACUUCCCAGACGCCACCAGGUAUUACCUAAUAGGAAUCACCAGCUUUGGCUUGGGCUGUGGCAAACCAAAAUUUCCAGGAAUCUAUAUACGUACAGCUACUUAUAGAAGUUGGAUAAAUUCACAAGCUAUUCUAUAUGACAAAACCACCACCGUGAGCAUUCCGUGUGUUCUGAUCUUUUUGAAUGUGGGCUUGACGACUUUGCAUCUUGGUCUAUGAAGAGGCACACUUACCAUUAUGCUCAAAUGACCUGAGAUUGCUCUUUAAACUUUUUUUUCCUGUUAGCAUGAUUAUUUUUGAACAACCAUCACACUUUGGAUUUACUGGACUAGAUCCUACAGUUGCAUGGAUGGAAGGUUUUUUUUUUUUAAUGAUAGCCGAUAUUCCUUCACCCUUCCCUUCCCACAACUCUCUGCAAUCCCAAUAAAGGCACAGCACCUUGCUUGCUCCUAUGCCGAGAUCUUGCUCUGUUGCAAUUUCUCCAUCAAGUUUUCUGAUGCUAGAAGAGCAAGGUGGAAUCAAUUUCGCCCAGUUCAGCUGUCUGACUGCAGUCCCCUGUACCCAGUGGGGAUGGUUUUGUCAGUGGCAGUCCGUGUUUCCGAGCAGAAGUUUUUCAGGCAUCACAGAAUGCCUUCCACUGGCACAGGAGGAUGCAGCCUGUUUACCCAAAUCUGGGCUUAGUAGUGUCACGUACAUACGCAAUCUGUAACUUAAAACUGUAAA